CAGCUAUAACUAAUUCUUGAAUGGAGAACCCAAUCAUGGAGAGUCCACAGUCAGCAACAUUUUCUUCUACUGAUGUUGAUCAUCACUCAGAGAAUAUGAUCCCGCAUCAUGCAAAUGAUGAGGAGGCCGAGCCAAAAUGUGAUGUCAGUGUUGAAGAAAUCAGAAGUAUAAUGCAGGUCAUUGCUGCAACUGGAAAAUUCUGGCAUGAUUGGGACAUGCUGAAAAGCUUGCUAUCAUUUCAGCUAAAGCAGGUUUUGGCAGAAUACCCUGAAGCCCAAAUGGUCAGUGGUGUUGAGUCACAACAGAGUUCUUUAUCAGGCGAAACAUAUCCAGAGUUAGUAAAAUGGCUGGAUGAAGCUCUAUUAAGUUUUGUGGAAGGUCCUCCGUUUACGCUGCAAAGACUCUGUGAGAUUCUUCUGAACCCAAAAGGCACAUAUACAAAUCUCUCGAAGCUUGCAUUGGCCUUGCAAAAGAAUUUGCUGGUGACAUCUACCCUCACCAUGUGCACCGACCCAUACCCCACUGAAGUGGUCCAGAAACCAGAUGAACCUGAUAAGGCAAGUGAGGUGCCCUGCGGUCAAACUGAUCCAGUCCCAAAUGGAGUUGAAACUGUGGCAGGUGAUGGCGAUGAAGAAAUGACUGAUGCAGAGGCUGAUGAAACUACCCCAAACACUGAUACUGAGAUGCAAGAAGAAAAGGUUACUGAAACAUCUGAUAGUGAUUCCGAGCUUAGAUCUGAUGCCAAUCCUUCCCAGGAGCUUUGUACAAGAAGUGAAGAGCAAAAUCCUUGAAUUUCAGAGGUGCCAUGAGGGAAAUGGAUUGGAUUUAGCUUGCUGGAGGGCGAAUGAAAUGAAAAUAUUCUUUUCCCACUGUUUUAGUUGAAGAUAUUAAGAGUACUCUGUUUGGUUUGCAUGCCCCUAACAUGGGAAGAUAUCAUAUAUCUGUAGAACCUAAGCAACUGCUCAGCCAGUUUUGAAUUAUAGUUUUGCUAUACAGAACAAUUUAUUGUAAGGAUAGUAUGAUUCAAAUGGCACUAGACAUUGUUUCAAACUGUGAACAUUUUGAGGAUACCAACUGGCUCAGUUGUUAAAGCCACUGGGUGUUUAAUACAA